AUGUCUGCCUCAGCUUCCGCAUCCGCAUCCACUCCCGCUGCCGGCGUUGCCGCGGCACCCUCACCCCAAAUACUCCUCUUUGCCAGAGCAGUAUUGGCUAUACUGGACAUAUGGCCGGCAUUGACGAUCGCGGUCAAGGAGGAAUGGGGAGGUGUCGAGUCAAAAGAGAAGAAGACGUGGAUGGCGAGUACGGUUAUCGAUGAGUUUGAGGGAGGGGCACAGUGGCUGAUCCCCAGCCCAUCCUCCCCCUCCACCCUCAUCGUCGACCCCAAAUCCGAAUCCCCACUCGACUUUGACGACCUCGCCGACCUCCUCUCCCAAAUGCUCUCGGACGAAUUCGACGCCAACCUCGAAGACGGAUCGAUUGACCUUGUCUCACGCGACUUGCUCAAAGUUUGGGACACCAUCGUCCAGAAGCCUCGCGGCGAGGCGGAGGCGACAGUCGCGGCGCUGGAGAAUGUCAAGGGGCAAGGGGUGAAGGUCAAGGCGACAAAAGGGAGUGGGCCGGAUGUAGGCGAGGAUGGGGAGGCGUUCAGUGAUGAUAGUGACGAUGAUGAGGGGGAGUGGAGCGAUGAGGAUGAGGAUGAAGGGAUGGAGGUGGAUGAGCGGCCGAAAGAGAAGGAAAAAGAGAAGGUGGAGAAGGUGGUUGAUGAGGAUGGGUUCGAGUUGGUGCAGAAGGGCAAGGGGAAGAAGAAGUAG